AUGUAUGUGAAAUGGUUUGAUACAGUAAUGUUAUACUAUGUGAUUUUAGUGAUUUUAGUGACUGUCACUUUUUGUUCUUUUCAAAUUUCCCGCCGUUCCGUCCCCGUACGUCCUGACGCUCGCAGGGGACGGAACCCAGAUGACACAUGCUGGCAUCUGCCGGAUUACAUUGCCAGGGACACUGCAGGGGGGACAUCGCGGGAGCGCAGGACAAGGUAAGUGACCGAGGGAUCGUGGAGCAGCACCGCAUGGUAAGCCCGAGUGUAGCUCAGGGUUACCGCUUUUGCUACACUCGGGAAUACCGCCAGGGAGGUUA